CCUAAUGCUGCCGGUUCAUCUGUUUUUUGUUCUCCACAGAAACUGUUGUCCGAGGUGGCGGUGUCAGUGUCAGUGGAGGACAAGGCAGUCAGCAGGUACUGGGUGUCUGUUUCUCCUCUUUGUCCCCGCGGAUCCACUGCCAAGGACCAGAACUGCUCAGGGGUACAGCCAGGCCAGACGGUCUACUUUAAUAUCACCGUUGGCCAACGCUCCUGUCCUGAUGAUGGUGAAGAUGAAGAUGUGAGAAUGUUGGUGCAUCCGGUGGGCUACAAUGAGUCCACUGUCAUCAGUAUCCGCUCUAAAUGUCAGUGCAAAUGUGGACCAACAAGCCGUUGCGAUGGCAACGACCAGUCACCCUGCAGGGGAAGCCACCACGGUGUCAGUCAGGAGCAGAGGCCGGAUCAUGGACACAUGAAAGACCCGAGCUCAGAUCCAAAUAGAAGUUGCAAAGCAGAUGGGUCAAAUGUGAGCUGCAGCGACCGGGGAGUGUGUGAGUGCGGAAAAUGCACGUGUGAGCAGAGCAGGCUUGGGACGGUGUACGGGAAAUACUGUGAAAUUGACGACUUCUCCUGCCCGUAUCAGAAGGGACAGCUGUGUGGAGGCCGAGGCGUGUGUGUGUCAAGCGAGUGUGUGUGCGAGGUCGGCUGGACAGGCGACAGUUGCAGCUGUCCCACCUCCGAAACCAGCUGUCAAUCCGCAGACGGCUUGCUUUGCAGCGGCUGUGGAAAAUGUGUGUGUGGCAAGUGUGUGUGUACCGAUCCCCAACGAUCUGGAGACUUCUGUGAGAGAUGUCCUACCUGCCAAGUCAUCUCAAAAUCCUCCUGUAAGAGUGUGGACUGCCAUCAUUCUCGAGGUCUCUCCCAAAAAGAGGCGAAGCUAUGCAACACCACCUGUGCUCUUCAUAUCGGCUCCAAAACAGAUUUUUCAGGUACAACAAGUAGAAACUUGGAUUGUGGAGAAAUGUUUAAUUCCUGCAUGCUAACAGAAAUGAACAUAUUGUAAGUUGAGAUCAGUACCCAUAGUUUCACUUAGAGGUGCAGCUCAGCACAGCAAAAAAACUUAUAAUUUUCCCUCAUAUUUCUAUAAAUAGCUACAAUAACCUAAGAUGGGCUAAAAGAAGAAGCCAGUGCCACACAAUAAUUAGGUUGCCAAGCUAUGACAAAACUCAGAUAACUGUGGAUCGGGUAGUUGUUACUCUGUACACAUUGGGACAUGUUUUUUUUUUUUCUUUUUUAAAGCUAGAAAGCUGCAGUUUCAAGUUACAGGGUCAGAACAAUCCUAAAGUUCCGAGGACUUUGUGGACUUAAAGCUAUUUAGUGCUCACCUCAUGUGUUGUGCUUAUUGGCUUUUCUGAACACACAGCUCAGUGGGACUGUGUUCUGAGUUUGACCUGGAUAGAGCUGCAUUGUUUUGUGUGCACACAUUUCAAAAGAUUUCCUAUCUAACUGACCUUCCUCCUGAUAUUAGAAACAACAACAGAUUAUAUACGUCAGUGCAUCUAGAGUUUCUGAAAGAUGGUCACAAAAUUUUCUAUCAUGUUGGAAGUAGGAAUAGAGAUGGGUUAGUAUAAUUCUUUGUAUCAACUUUCCAAAGCCAAAAUAAAUCAUUGUUUAUUUGGACGCAGAAGAGUUCAGCUGCAGGCUUGAUGAGUAAUGUUUAAUGUUUUUGUAGGCGUUGUAUUAAAAUCUGAAGUAAACAAGAAGCAUGAAUUGCAAAAAUAAUGCUAUUAUAAAAAUAAAAAUUACAACCGUAUGCUUCUGAUCAAAUACCUUAAAUGACUUAAUUUAAAUUCAGAAAUACUUUAUUUAUCCCAAAGGGAAGUUAAAUGUAACUUGGCCACUAGGUGGCUCAGUGGGUAGCGCAUGAUUGAUGGAAGAGAUCACUUGAACUUCCACCUUAUUUCUGCUCUUUGGUUCUACUCUGCAUCCAUGAUGUAUCAUUUUCAACUCACCUGGUAUUGAGGUCGUUUUACUUGAGCUUUUGAGAUGCUAAUCAGCUGCUCCCAGUUGUGAAAACAAUACCUGUUGCCACGGUUAUUCACUAUACCAACUUUCCCUAAGAUAAAAAAAAAGGCGAAAGCAAAAGUUCUUGUAGCAACAUGAGCCAAAUCCGGAGGGAAUAGCCGUUAAAAAAACAACCAAUGCCUCGGGACAGAAAAAUUUCCAAACAAAAGUUUACGAAGAGAACAAAUCAAAUCUAACGUCACAGAGUCACUCCGACAUCCUCCCACCAUGUGGAAGCGCAAUCGUAGAGGCAAUCUAGGUGCAGUUUUAAUGGAGCAACUCUGGCUGCCCUUCACAUUCGGAAGGAUUUUAAUACAAUUUGGAAAAUAAUGUAGAGUCUAUCAUUCUACAAUGAAAAAUAUCUCUCCCAAGUGAAAAACAUUCAAGGCAGCUGCCAGCCUUUCCAGAGGUGGAUAUCCACGCGAGUUCAUCCAGAGAUCGAACAGCGGAACGUAAAUAGACGUUACAAAAGAGCCACGUGUCGGAGUCUCCCUGCUGCAGAUUGGACGUGAAAUCCAAAACUGUACAGAUGUUUGAGUGGUUUUACAGAAGAAAACAACCAGCCAUACAGUUUAGGGUUUUCAUUUGCUUCUGCACCAGUUCUUUGGAUGGACAACACCAAAUUAGAGAGACGUUUGGCCUCAACACAGAAUGCUAAGUUUAGCCUAAACACAUCGCAUUAUCUCAACACAAAUGUGUGACAUCAGCUGCCAAGCACGGUGGUGGAAGAGUGAUAAUUUGGGCCUUGCUUUGAUGCAACGGGACCUGGAUAAUUUAAGAUAUACUCAGUCUAAUUCAAAUGUUGUAAAUUACCAUUUGCAAUUCUGAAUUACAUUAAUUUCCAUUGGCAUGAUUUAUUGUUUCAUUAAGAAUGAAUCAUUCUUGCUUUCAAGACAUCAGCUUUAAGGGAUUGUUAAAAUAACUCUUUGGGACACUUUAAUGUAUCCCAACUAUCUUUAUUUAGUACCUCAUGCAACAUGAGGCACUGCAAUUUUAAAAUGAAUGAAUGCUAAAUUUAAGCUUCAUCUGCUAAAGAGGAGCUAUUACCGCUAUCUCCAGUAUUUCCAGCUAUUGAAAUGUGUUGUUUAUUUAGUUUUUCACAGCUGUUGUCUUUUUCUAAAUUACUAGCAGCAUUUUUAUAUACCAAGAUUUUCAAAUUGACUUCAGGCUUGGGCUUGGUCUGAAUCUUUAACAUGUCUGAGAUUUGAAUUUGCUCAGUAAUGACAGCUGUCAGUAUCAGUUUCAGAUCAACUUGCACUCCGGUCAGGCUCAGCUUCACAUUAGCAAAAGACCAGAACAAUGUAAACACACACACACACACGCACACACACAUGCUUUCCUGCGAGGUCACUUCCGUUGCUACCACGGCUGCUCCAGUACACCCUGGUGGAUUGGAGUCAGCAGGCCGGCUGUCAGUGCUACAGCUGUAUUUUACAUUUUCUUUUUAGAUUCCUGCUCACUUUGUUAGUUUCUCAUGCACAAACACACACCUAAUCUGCGCGCACACGCAGUUGCACAUCCAAGUGUUACAGUUCAUCCCCGCCUUCCAAAUUUUUGGAACAGGACUGU